GCUGUUGUAGUUCCUUCACGUUUUUCUCGCGUGAGGAUAAAAAAAUAAGUUUAUCCAGAUAAAGAAUCUUUUUAAUCUCACGUUUAUUGUCAGAAUUAUUUGUUCAGUUAAUUUCUAAAUUACAGUGAGAUAAUAUGUCGCAUUCCGAUACUUUAGUUUUAGUUCAUGUUCUGUAUCGUCACGGUGAAAGAACAACCGCAAAGGGAGGGAUUUAUCCAAAAGAUCCGCACAGAUUUGUUAAUUAUGAACCAUAUGGAUUUGGACAAUUAACAAAUGAAGGUAAAAAAACGAUGUUUGAAUUGGGAAAUGUUUUGCGGGAAAGGUACUCAAAUUUUCUUGGGGAUCGUUAUUUUCCCGGAUUAUUAGAAGCAUUAAGCAGCGAUAUGGAUCGUACAAAAGUCUCGUUACAACUAGUUUUAGCCUCGCUGUUUAAACCAACAAAAAAUGAAAUAUGGAACGAAGACCUUUGUUGGCAACCAAUCCCAACUCGUUACAUCCCAUUAAAACAAGACGAUCUUUUCUUGCCAUUUCUAACCACUACUUAUCGAGAACUCUACAAAACAAAUCAUUUAACAUCACAAAAAGCUAAACAAAUCUUUGAAGAUUACCAAGAUGUGUUUCAAAUUCUUUGGGAAAAAACUGGACUGGAGAUUUCAACGAUUCACGAUGUUUUUAAAAUUCACGAUGUUUUAACAACAGAAGUUCAAUUCGGUUUGGAUUUACCCGACUGGGCGAAACCACUUCACACCACGAAAAUAAGAGAAAUAGCAACUUUCGAUCCCGAAAUGCAACAAGAUACAAAAGAAUUAAAAAAAUUAGCCGUCGGAAAAAUGAUUGGAAAAAUUUGCGAAGACACUCAAAAGAAAAUUCAAGACGAAACAUCAAAAAUUAAAAUGCACAUGUAUUCGGGUCACGACAUCAACUUAGGAAACAUUUUACAAGCUUUAGGUUUAAGAAAGCCACAUCUACCGAAUUACGGAGCUUGUCUUGUUAUGGAGAUCCAUAAACUCGAUGGGGAUUAUGUGCUGAAAGUAUUUUACAGAUCAGAUAAAAACCAAGAUUUUACUCAUUUAGGGUUCGAUUUUGGAGAAUUUAUGGAGUUUGAUGCUUUUAAAAAAUUAUCGAAUGAAAUAAAUUUGAUAUAA